AAAGACUUUAAAGAUGUGAGCAGUAAAGUGAGCAGCGAGUUGGAGAGGCCAGGGGUUUGUUAAUUUGCAGGUGGCAGGGGGGUUGGUGCACAGAAUGAUCCCGGUUGCUGGAAAACGCCUAUUGAAAGGUGAGUGAUUGUAGCUCGUCCUGUAUAACCAGCAUUACUCAUAGACUGUCUCCUGAGACAGAGAGAGGGGAGCGGUGUCCACUUGGAGCGUGGGGCCGGCGACAGGAGCCUGAACCCGGGCACACUGAGCAGAUUGUGUCGGGAGCUGCUGCUGCCGCCGGAUGGAGCCAGGGGCAAUGACCCGGCCCGAUCUAAGGAGACUUUUCUCGGCGUGUGACCUGAACCGCUCGGGGCUGAUCGAGUUUGAGGAUUUCUCCGGCGUUUGCCGGGAGCUGGGGCUGUCCCGUUCGCAGAUUGAGCCCCUCUUCCAGAAGCUGGACGUGGACAGUGACGGCUCCAUCAACUUCAGCGACUUCACCGCCGGCUUCCAGGAGGUCUCCGCCGUCCUCGACCUCUCCUCCAUCAGCUCCGAGGGAAACCAGAGACUGGCCCGGGACGAGUUUGAGGAUCGCUUCGGGGCUGGGCUGCACUAUCUCCGCAGCCGGGAGAAAUUGUUCGAGUUCUACCAGCAAAUCCGUGCAUCUUCAGACUAUGGUUUGAACCUGCAGUAUGAGAAACUGAUCCAGGAGCUUAUCAAAGACAGUAAGGUCCAGGACAUGGAGACAGAGAAACUGGAACAGACCCUCAGGAGGACACAGGCAAUGGCUGACGCGCGACUGGCUGAAAUGGAAGAGGACGUGCAACAGCAGGCAUUGAAACUUGAGCAGAAAAUCCGAGGGGAGGAGCAGGCGAAACUCGAGGCAAAAGUGGCAGAAAUGCAGAAGCGACAUGAAAGUGAAGUCACGGAUCUGCAGGCAAUCAUUGACCGAAUGAGAAAGCUUAAUGAAGAGCUGUGGAAUUCUAAUUCCAAAGGGGACGUCUCUGCAUUAAAAGAGCAGUUGGAUGAAUUAACCCGGGAGAAUGAGUAUUUGAGAAGUUCCCUGCUUCAGAGUCAGACCGAGAUUUCCAUCCUUGAAGCUGGACUGGACAAAUGUAAAAAUGAGCUUGCUGAUCGUCUGCUUGAUCAGGAACGGGCAAAGGAAACUAUCCACAAACUAAUGGAAGAGAAUGAGAUUUCCACAAAUCAGAUACAGAUGCUUCAAGAGGCUAAUAAAGCUCUUUAUGAUAGCAACAAUGGGUUAAGAGUUGCUUUGGAGAGGAAUCACAACUCAAAUAAAACUAAGUAUUCUUUAAAUGGAUCUGUUCCAGAGAGAGGAGUGAAGUCAGAAAUACAAAAUGGAAUAGCUGACACUGGCUAUAACAGUGUUUUGAACGGCAAUGAAGAAUCUGUGAUCUUAAAUAAUGAUGACUCCAGACAGAGAAUUUCUGAAGUAGCAAACUGGGCAGACCGAUACCUGGACAGCGGUGUCUCCACAUCUCAGGACAUUGUUGAUUAUUCCUCGGAUGAUUACAACAGUGAUGGAAGCGAUGAUUCUCAUGAAACGAUGCACUACAGUUACUCAUAUGUGGCCUCGGAUACUGAGAUGCCGGAGUUUAAGUCUGAGGUGGAUGGACUGCCCGGGACGUGGAAACCAUCACGGCCUGUUAGCCGUUCCAGUUCUAUAGCAUCGUCAAGGAGACGUCUGCCAGCAUUCACCUCCAAGAACACGGGUAAUGCAGUAGAGAACUCCAAACCCGAUGGCCCGCUCUACAGACUUGUCCUUGCUGGGGAUGCUGGUUCGGGGAAAUCCAGCUUUUUAUUGCGUCUGUGUAUGAAUGAGUUUAAAGGGCAUAUUCCUACCACCUUAGGAGUUGAUUUUCAAAUGAAGAAGUUAUUGGUUGAUGGUGAAAGUGCCACGUUACAGAUUUGGGACACUGCUGGGCAGGAGAGGUUUCGCAGUAUUGCCAAAUCCUACUUCCGAAAAGCACAUGGUGUGUUAUUACUAUACGACGUGACCUCUGAGACUAGUUUUCUUAAUGUCAGAGAGUGGAUUGAUGAAAUUAAGAGUUCUACUGACUUCCCAACACCAAUUAUCUUAAUUGGGAACAAAAUAGAUUUGAGAGAUGAAAUGCCUCAUACACAGCGUGGCACUGUGCUGACUGCCCAUGGAGAGAAAUUAGCUAUGACUUACAAUGCAUUAUUCUGUGAAACAAGUGCUAAAGAUGGGACCAAUGUGGUGGAGGCUGUUCUGCAUUUGGCCAGAGAAGCCAAGAAGAAUGCAAACAUCAGGGACAGUGUUCAGCCAGUGACAAAGCUAAUAGCAGCAGAUGGGAAAAAGGCACUGAACAACUGCUGCAAAACAUAAGACUAGAAAUCCUUGGAUUGUCAUUGUUCACUGUCCUCUAAGACGCAGAUAAUUCAUGGGAUUUGUGAUGUUUGCUCACAAUACGCUAUAACGCAUCUUUCCUUUUGGCAAAAUUUUACUCUCAUUUGAGAGCAUCUGUUUAAUGGCCACUAAAUGGCUAACACUGUAUAUUUUUGAUGGUAUAUAGGUUGAAAUGUAUAUUUUUGAGCUGAGGAACAAGUGUUACCCGUUCUAUUUUGUGAUG